AUGACAAACAUCGCAAGGAAACUUUUAAAUCACAGUGAAAUCCAAUUUCCCACUAUCGUCGACGCAAAGAGAGGGAAAAACUUAUUUGAGUUGAUAAAUGUUUAUCCCGAGUAUGGAGUCGGAAUCAAAGUGGUUCCCGAUCAUUGGGUCAAAAAGGGAAUCACCAAAUCUUAUUAUGAAAUCACCCGAGUUUCGCUGAAGAUGAAGGCAAGCAGUUGA